GUCAGCCACAGCCAGAAGAGCCACGGCCAGAAGCCCCGUGCCCACUAGCCCGGCGCCCAGCAUCCCGGUAACAUCACAGGGCACUAGAUCAUGAGACCUUAGGAGGCCAUGUCGAAACGCGACGUCGUACUCACCAAUGUCACCGUUGUCCAGCUGCUCCGACAGCCAUGCCCUGUAGCCAGGCCACCACCACCACCACCGCCACCGCCACCACCACCGCCACCGCCGCCAGAGGCCAAGAUUGAGCCAGAGCCCAGGCCUGUGUCCCCGCCUCCACCCCAGCCUAUGCCUGUCAUAGAGGAAGCCCCAACACCACCACCACCGCCUCCACCACCACCUCCCCCACCUCCACCUAAGUCAGUCCUGACAGUCGGCAUCAAUGGAUUCGGACGCAUUGGCCGCCUGGUGCUGCGUGCCUGCAUGGAGAAGGGAGUCAGGGUGGUAGCAGUGAAUGACCCAUUCAUUGAUCCCGAAUACAUGGUGUACAUGUUUAAAUACGACUCCACCCAUGGCCGAUACAAAGGGAACGUGGAGUAUAAAAACGGACAGCUGGUCGUGGAUAACCAGGAGAUCACUGUCUUCCAGAGCAAGCUGCCCAGAGAGAUCCCCUGGCGGUCCGUCGGGAGCCCAUAUGUGGUAGAGUCCACAGGCGUGUACCUGUCCUUAGAGGAUGCUUCGGCACACAUCGGUUCAGGUGCCCAGCGUGUGGUCAUUUCUGCCCCCUCCCCGGAUGCACCCAUGUUUGUCAUGGGGGUGAACGAAAGGGAAUAUAACCCUGGAUCCAUGAGAGUCGUCAGCAAUGCAUCCUGCACCACGAACUGCCUGGCCCCCCUUGCCAAGGUUAUCCAUGAGCGAUUUGGGAUUGUGGAAGGGCUGAUGACCACCGUCCACUCCUAUACUGCCACCCAGAAGACAGUGGAUGGACCAUCGAAGAAGGACUGGCGAGGUGGACGAGGUGCCUCCCAGAACAUCAUCCCAGCCUCCACUGGAGCUGCCAAAGCUGUGGGCAAAGUCAUCCCUGACCUAAAAGGGAAGUUAACAGGAAUGGCAUUCCGGGUGCCAACCCCAGACGUGUCUGUUGUGGAUCUGACGUGCCGCCUGGCCAGACCUACCCAGUACUCGAGCAUCAAGGAGGCCAUAAAAGCAGCAGCCAAAGGACCCAUGGCUGGCAUCCUGGCAUAUACAGAGGAUGAGGUCGUCUCCUCGGACUUCUUGGGCAAUACCCACUCAUCCAUCUUCGAUGCGAAGGCCGGCAUAGCGCUCAAUGACAACUUCGUGAAGCUCAUUUCCUGGUACGACAACGAAUACGGCUACAGCCACCGGGUGGUAGACCUCAUCCGCUACAUGUUCAGCCGGGACCAGUGAAGCAGGAAGUCCCCGCCUCCGCUCCCCUUGCUCCCCGGGCCUGAAGAAGAGUCUGGGGUCCCGCACGCAGCCUCCCUGAGAAGGAGAGAGCGCUCAUUUAGUGGCCUGCGCCGUUGGCCAGCGGCGAAAUAAAAAUCCAGAGUGGUCA